CUUCGUAAUCAUGUCUAAUAAUACUGAACGUGCACCAGAAAAAGCAAAGGCAGAACUAUCGGAGAAGGAUCUGAUAAAGUGGGGACUUACAGGGAUUCAACUUAGGUCCUACCAACUGGAUGGAGUGAGGUGGCUUACCCAGUGCCUGAAGAAUCAGGAAGGGUGCAUACUGGGAGAUGAGAUGGGCCUGGGCAAGACCUGUCAGUCAAUCUCACUGCUGCUGUACACACGCGGGGCCCUGGGGAGUAAAGGCCCCUUUCUGGUGCUGUGCCCGCUGUCAGUCAUGGAGAACUGGAAGCAGGAGAUGGAGCGGUUUUCCCCGAGCCUGCUGUUGUUGUGUUACAUCGGCGACAAGGAUAAACGGGCGGAGCUCCAGGAAGAGCUGAUUGGAGGCAGGCAAUUUCAUGUGCUGCUCACUACCUAUGAGAUUUGUCUGAAUGAUGCCUCCUUCUUGAAAAGGUGGCAAUGGAGGAUUCUGGUGGUGGAUGAGGCCCACAGACUGAAGAAUCAGAACUCCUUACUCCGCAGAGCCCUGACCCAGUUUUCAAUCCGCUUCAGGAUGCUUCUGACAGGAACUCCGGUCCAGAACAGCCUGCAGGAGGUCUACUCUCUGCUAAGCUUCAUCGAGCCCCGAGUCUUUCCAGAAGACAAGGCCGAAGACUUUGUGACCAAAUACGCAAACGUGCAGUCCCAACCCACUCUUGCCACCGAGUUGCAUGGCGUUCUGCAGCCAUUCCUGCUGCGGAGGGUCAAAGCAGAAGUGGCGGUCGAGCUGCCCAAGAAGGUGGAGCUGGUGGUCUACCAUGGCAUGUCUGCUCUACAGAAAAGAUACUAUAAAGCUAUCCUCAUGAAGGACCUGGAUGCAUUUGAGAAUGAUCAGGGCAAGAAGACCAGGCUGAUGAAUGUGUUGAUGCAGCUACGGAAGUGUGUUAGCCACCCCUACUUGUUUGAUGGUGUGGAGCCUGAGCCAUUUGAAAUGGGAGAGCAUCUUGUUGAAGCCAGUGGGAAACUUCUCCUUUUGGACAGCAUGCUAGAGUUCCUGUACAAAGGGGGCCAUCGAGUGUUGCUGUUUUCACAGAUGACAAGAGUUCUGGACAUCUUACAAGACUUCAUGGAGUACAGAGGUUACAGCUAUGAGCGACUGGAUGGGUCGGUCCGCGGAGAGGAGCGGAACCUGGUCAUCAAGAACUUCAGAAGCAAGGAUGUGUUCAUCUUUCUGCUCAGCACCAGGGCAGGGGGUGUGGGGCUGAACCUGACGGAGGCCGACACCGUGAUCUUCAUGGACAGUGACUUCAACCCCCAAAAUGAUCUGCAGGCUGCUGCCCGUGCCCACAGAAUUGGGCAGACCAGGGCGGUAAAGGUGAUCCGGCUGCUGGGGAGGGAUACGGUGGAGGAGAUUGUGUACCGGCGUGCCGUGUCCAAGCUGCUCCUCACUAACACCGUGAUUGAGGAAGGGCGCUUCUCGCUCCUGGAUCAGCCUCAUUCCGCCACCGCAGGCCUGGAGUUAAGUGAGAUCCUCAAGUUUGGAGUUGAUAAGCUGCUGGCAUCAGAGGAGAGCUCAGUGCAAGACGUGGACCUUGGUCUCAUCCUGGGCCAAUCACGUGACGGACAGUGGCUGACUGAAGAGCACCCCCCUCUUCCCACUGAGGAGGGGGAGGCCUCUGAUGAUGAUAACCUGAGCCAUAUGUACGUGUUUGAGGGCAGAGAUUACUCCAGAGACCCCAGCUCAGAGGACACAACUCGCUUUAAUCAGAUCCUGCAGGAGCAGCUGGCCGAGCUGGAGCAUGCUGGGGAAGAGGGCCGUGCAAUGCGCAAUAAAGCAGGGGUAGCCCUGUGCAGGCCCCUGGGGGUGUCCGGCCGCCGGAAAAGGCCGCUGAGCGAGGCGGAGCUGGAGCUGCGUCGGCAGAAGAGGCGGGAGGCCGCUGCAAAAAGAGCCAAGCUGCAGGAGGAGAGGAAGAGAGCACGGGAGGAGGCACGACGCCAGAAGAAGUUAGCAUGGUGGGAGUCCUCUGGGUACCAUUCUCUGUGCCUGCCCUCAGAGGACAGUGAAGAAGAGGAGGAAGAGGAAGAGGGUGAUGAUAUCAGCGUGAGCUCCACAGAUUCAGAGCAUACGGCCAUCCACUAUGUUCUAGGGGACGUGACCUACCCCCAGGCUGCUCAGGAGGAUGCCAUAAUUGUGCACUGUGUUGAUGACUCUGGACGCUGGGGACGAGGUGGGCUGUUCACUGCACUGGAGAUAAGGUCUGAUCAGCCACGCAGACAGUAUGAGCUGGCGGGAAAGAUGGAAGACCUGGACCUCGGAAACGUGCUGCUGUUCUCCAUCGAUGACAAGCAGGCCAGGCUGGACGGAAAGGACUAUCUUGCCUUGAUAGUGGCACAACAUAGGGAUCAAUCAAACAAGCUGUCAGGAAUCCGGCUGUCAGCUCUGGAGGAGGGACUGAAGAAGAUCUGCACAGCGGCUAAGAAGAAGAAGGCGAGUGUACACCUUCCAAGAAUAGGCCACUCCACCAAAGGGUUCAACUGGUACGGCACAGAGAGGCUCAUCCGCAAGCACCUCUCUUCCAGGGGCAUUCCUACAUUCGUAUACUACUACAAGAGCAGGGCAGUGUCAUCGGCUCCCACGCCGGCAGCAUCUGCAUCGCCCUCGGCUCACAGCAGUGGGGGUGCAGCCAGCGGGGGCGGGGGCAGGAGCUCCCCCAGCCUGGCCGGCUUCAUGAGCGGAGUCCAUGUCUUCUUCUACAACAUCGCUGCCUCUGAGAGGAAGAGCCUGGCAGGUGACCUCAUCAGAUAUCCUUUCAAAUGAGUG